CAACGAGGUCAUUCUCUCUCGUUUUAGGCGUGGCUGCAGUCGCAACCUGUUGUUCCCGUUUUCGCCUUUGUAACCUCGUGUUCGUGUUAAAUACAUCGCAGCGUGGCCCUUUUGGCCACUGAGUUAGCCACAUUUUCAUCUCAUUUAUUUCGGUGGUUAACAUUUUGGUGCAUCGACCGGGAAACUUCAUCGUUCGUGUUUAUCUUCGCCAUCACCUGUCCGAUUGCGUGGCCAUUCAUCCCUGGGUAUCCCGGCUCAUCAUUUGAACACUUCAAUCAGGACUAAAACAGCUUCAUCAUUCCGCGAAAGAAGAACACUCCGGAGGCUAAGCUGAAGAAAAAGCUGAUCCAUAAAGGUUUUUGGCAGGAACAAUACCGUUUCCAGCAUAUCAAGGAUUUAGAACCUGCAUAUCGAGAGACUGCAAGCGAGACAACUGCAAGACUCAUCGCUUAACGGAGACUAACAGAAGACAUGCAUGCUGUUAUUCUUCCUGCUCCGCAGUUGUCCACACCGGAGCUGCCUCCUCGGAUUCAAGCGGCACAGAAAGUAGCGGAAUUUAUUCUAAACUUACCGUCAGCUUCAGACAGCCAGCCCAGUCAAUUACGUCUGCCACUGGAGCGGAUCACACAGCCACAAGCUGCUGAUCCUACUCCACGUCGCAUACGGCUGGAUUAUUUUCGUUCCGCAGGUGGAAGAGAUACUGACACACCACCACAACCACCGGAGGCUUUGAGAGCUGCUUUAGUUAAAUCUACUCAGUCACGCCGAACCACUGGACCACGGCUAGCGGAUUUUGUUUCUCCACCAUCGCCAAAGAAACCUCGUUUCUAUCGGCCAUACAGUCCACGACCAGUCGAGCAACUUCCGGAUCCACCUACUCCUCCAGGAGUUCCAGAGUCUGAGCCGGACGAUUUCGUCCGUAAUCUUGCCGAUUGGGAAGUUAGGAGCGAAAUUGGCGAAACUGAGGUUGAACCUGCGCAUGUUGAACCAGAACAACCUGCUAAGAGUUGGAGAAUCCGAAACACAAGGACCCAAACCGUACGCACGGUAACCUCAAGUCAGCUUUUCCGGAAUUCUGACCAACAGCCUCAAAGGAAAUAAUUCAUUUGAAUAUUGUAUGUUAAUUCCCGUGUCGGUUUAACAAUAUAAAAGUGAAAUUGAA